AUGGCUGGGAGAAUCAUUUUUCUCAUUGGAUCACUUAUACAAGGCUUUUUGUGUGGCUUCGAUAUUAUUCUGCCAAAUAAUACAACAGUUCUGAAUGGAUCUUGUGCUUUCAUACCAUGCACAUUUGACAUUGAAACAAAAUAUAAUAAUAAACUCACUGAUAGUACAAAGAGAAUCUGGUAUAAAGAUGAACAGAAGGAUGUGAUAGUGUUUGACUCCAGCAGCCCCAACACAGGUCUGCUUAAAGGAUCAAUAUUUGGCAAAGCCACAGAGAAAAACUGCACCACCCGCUUUGAUUAUCUCACUCAGAAUAACAGAGGAAUAUAUUACUUCAGACUGGAAGCCUCUCCACCCAAACCCACAUUGAGUCUCUAUACGCAGCAUGUGGAGGUGAUCGAGGGAUCAUCUGUGAGUCUGCGCUGCUCUGCUAUGAUUUACUGCACCUCUCUUCCUCCAGCACUCACAUGGAGCUCCUCUCCCAAACACCUCCUCAAUAACAGCAUCAAUGGACAGCAGCAGCAGAUCCAGAACAAACUGAUCUCAGAUCUGAACUUCACUGUAACACAUUUUCAGCACAAAGCAAAUUUCACCUACAUCUACAGUAUAACAAGUCUUUUAAGUUACACUGACAGCUUGAAUUUACUUUUUUCUUCAGAUGCUCCAAAAUACACAUCAGUGUUUGUGAAUCCGUCUGGUUUUGUUUUGGAGGGUCAUUCAGUGUCUCUCACCUGCAGCAGUGAUGGAAAUCCACCUGUGAUCAACUACACCUGGUACAGAUACACUGAAGGACAGCUGAAAUAUCUCCAGAACGGAUCAAAUCUCAUCUUUAAUAAGAGCAAGUCGACAGAUAGCGGUGGAUACUACUGCACUGCUCAAAAUAAACAUGGCAUCCAAAACGCAUCAGCACUGCUGGAUAUUCAGUAUGCUCCUAAAAACACAUCAGUGUUUGUGAAUCCGUCUGGUUUUGUUCUGGAGGGUCAUUCAGUUUCUCUCAUCUGCAGCAGUGAUGGAAAUCCACCUGUGAUCAACUACACCUGGUACAGAUACACUGAAGGACAGCUGAAAUAUCUCCAGAACGGAUCAAAUCUCAUCUUUAAUAAGAGCAAGUCGACAGACAGUGGUGGAUACUACUGCAUUGCUCAGAAUAAACAUGGCAUCCAAAACGCAUCAGCACUGCUGGAUAUUCAGUAUGCUCCUAAAAACACAUCAGUGUUUGUGAAUCCGUCUGAUUUUGUUUUGGAGGGUCAUUCAGUGUCUCUCACCUGCAGCAGUGAUGGAAAUCCACCUGUGAUCAACUACACCUGGUACAGAUACACUGAAGGACAGCUGAAAUAUCUCCAGAACGGAUCAAAUCUCAUCUUUAAUAAGAGCAAGUCGACAGACAGCGGUGGAUAUUACUGCAUUGCUCAGAAUAAACACGGCAUCCAAAACUCUUCUGCACUGCUGGAUAUUCAGUAUGCUCCUAAAAACACAUCAGUGUUUGUGAAUCCAUCUGGUUUUGUUCUGGAGGGUCAUUCAGUGUCUCUCACCUGCAGCAGUGAUGGAAAUCCACCUGUGAUCAACUACACCUGGUACAGAUACACUGAAGGACAGCUGAAAUAUCUCCAGAACGGAUCAAAUCUCAUCUUUAAUAAGAGCAAGUCGACAGACAGUGGUGGAUACUACUGCAUUGCUCAGAAUAAACAUGGCACCCAAAACUCUUUAGCACUGCUGGAUAUUCAGUAUGCUUCUAAAAACACAUCAGUGUUUGUGAAUCCAUCUGGUUUUGUUCUGGAGGGUCAUUCAGUGUCUCUCACCUGCAGCAGUGAUGGAAAUCCACCUGUGAUCAACUACACCUGGUACAGAUACACUGAAGGACAGCUGAAAUAUCUCCAGAAUGGAUCAAAUCUCUUCUUUAAUAAGAGCAAGUCGACAGACAGCGGUGGAUACUACUGCACUGCUCAGAAUAAACAUGGCACCCAAAACUCUUCUGCACUGCUGGAUAUUCAGCAUGCUCCUAAAAACACAUCCGUGUUUGUGAAUCCGUCUGGUUUUGUUCUGGAGGGUCAUUCAGUGUCUCUCACCUGCAGCAGUGAUGGAAAUCCACCUGUGAUCAACUACACCUGGUACAGAUACACUGAAGGACAGCUGAAAUAUCUCCAGAACGGAUCAAAUCUCAUCUUUAAUAAGAGCAAAAUGACAGACAGCGGUGGAUACUACUGCAUUGCUCAAAAUAAACAUGGCAUCCAAAACUCUUCAGCACUGCUGGAUAUUCAGUGUGUGGACCGCUUUCUGUUGGCUGGAUUUGUUACUGGAGCAUUAGUGAUGCUGAUAUUAUGUAUCGUGUUAUGCUUCUAUAUGAGAAGACACAACUGCAAACCAUCACAGGCCAGACAAGAAGACUCAUCUGGAUUAGUUCUCAAAAAACAGGCUGUUGUUCUGGAUAAAGAGGACGCCUGUUAUGCCAAUGCAGCAGUCACCCUAAAUUCAACCGAGUCUCUUCAUUACGCCUCAAUUGUCUUUGCAAACACUAAACCAUCAUCAUCAGGUGAGAUCUGGGCCAUCUCCUCGCUCAACACAGAAUACGCAGAGGUUCAACGUCGCUCUACGGGUGUGACGGAGGCGAUAAAGAGUUCAGCAGAUGUUAUGGACACCAAAACAAACCAAAGCAAAGAAAACAAAAAGAGCACAGAAGUGUCAUCACAACCAGAUGAGAGAGAGUAUGAAAAUAUCAUCAACGCUAGGUUGAUCAAUUAAUAAUGACAAAUAUGAUGGAUGAUCUGGAGACUGAUGGACUAAUUGGUCAACUUUUAACCUUAACCCCUUCAGACCUGACAAGGCCUUUUUGGGUCUUUCAAAAAUAUGGUAGAAAAUUUAGAGUUUUGAGAAUUUAUAACAUUUUUCUGUAAGCUUACGUGUUGUUUGAUUUUAUUUGUGUGGAUGUUUAUAAUAUAUUAUCUUAAAGGUAGGGUAUCACAUUUUGAAAAAUGCUAACGGUAGUAACUAUAUAAACAAUGCAAUGACCCUUUCAAACCCUUUGCUUCCUGCAGCUGUUUGCAUCUCGUGGUAAAGCAGUAAAGUUACCGAUGUUAAUUUGAGUUUUUGCUUUUUGCUGAUCCAGGCAGUUUUUGCUGUUGCUGUUAUAAAACAUGUCUUUCGUUUUGUGGCUCCUGUGCAGGUUGUCAAUUCAGCAGAAAAGGUUGCCAUUCUUGUGAAUGGACGUUGCCUUUGAGAUUGUAACUAAUUCUGAUGUAAACCAGUUGUUUAUGUUGGUUAUUUUGGAAGUGUUAUUCACUUUGUACUGCAAUGUUUUCUCACUGGUGAAUGACACAUGAGAUGUGACCGUCUGAUCUGUGCGCGUCAUGUGUUUUGAAAGAGGCGUGACUUUGGAUGGCGAUUUGACUGGAGGGUGGGAUCAUAAUUUCAUUGCUAGGCGGCUACCGUUAGCAUUUUUCAAAAUGUGAUACAAAACGUUAAACCGCACGUUGCGCACACUGAACCUUGACCUGUUCUUUCGAGUUCCAAUACGGAAAAUUUUAAGUGACGGACAAUUGUAUUUGUUUGGUCUUGUGUGCUGUAAUUUACAGAAUAAACUUAAAUUGUGAAACACAUUGUAAUGUGACAAUAUAAAAACUGACGUCACUUUAUCUUUUACAAUGUGUCAUUUUUAGCUGCUAUAAAGUUUAUUAUAGAGAAAGAAAAGAAAGUGACCAAUU